GGAGCAGGCCGUGGGGCUCUACUCAGUCCGAGUAAUUUCUUCUGUUGAUCUCCUUAGCAUAGCAAGGCGGAAUGGCUCGUGGCCGCCGGCCAUCAAUGCAGCCCGGGCACUAUAUCCAAGACGACGAAGGUUAGCUCGCACCGUUGCAUCGCGCACUGUAGAUGCGGAGGAAGACGGAAUGCGGCUUGUAGCUGGUGGUGCAGGGCUACGUCAGGACGGCGGCGAGGGAGUCGGUGUGCUAGCAGCUGAAGAGCCCACAAAACGGCCGCAUGCGGCUAGCGGGCUCUCGUCGCUCAGCCCUGAGAGCCCCGCCAUCGCAGGACACGGCAGCGGAGGCAGAGGCACCACCGCCUUUUCUCUCCCUCCACGCCGUCAAUCGCCUGCUUCUCUCCCUGCCCUCGCCCGCCUUUGCGCUGCGAGGCGUUCUUCUUUGCCCGGGACAAUCUCGCUUCCGCGUCCGGUUUCGACAGCCGCCCCGCCGCCCUGUCGCCGUCACCGUGUUAGACCACCGCUGGUUGCGCCAGUCGCAGUCAUCACCUCCGCGCCGCGCGGUUAGACCAGAGCGAGCCCUAUAUCACCCCCGCCGUCGCCCGCAGCCUGCUGCUGGGAGCCCUUUUGCACAGUCUUACUCUCUUCUCUCCUGCCUUCUCCGCACCUGCCCGCACGUCGCCGCGACCCCGCCUGCGCCCGAGCUCAACUCAGCUGCGUCAA